AAACUUCAAAUUAAUAUUAAUACCAAGCAAAAAAAGUCAGAUUCAAUUCAGAAAAAUAUUAUUCAAAACCAAGAAAAAGUUCAAACUUCGUUUGUUAAUAGAAUUGUAAAAAAUAAUAAAUUCAUUAGAUGGGCAAAUAGGUUAACUCUUUCUCCAAAAUAUAAAAUUCUUCCAGCUGAAAAAGUUCGGAAUUUACUUCGUUAUAAUCCAAAAGAUUACGUGUUUGAAUAUCCUACUACUUGGAUACCAAAGAAUGAUAUACACCCACGUGCAAAAGAACUUGAAGAUGAUUUUAUUAAUUGGGGGAAAAAACUCGGAUUCAUUAAAGAAGAAAAGGAUGAAACAAUGUCACGCGAAAUGAGCCUCGAUGUUUAUGUUGGUUAUUCUCUUGCUGACUGUGACUAUAAGAAAAUCCUUCACUUUGGCAAAUAUGCCGCUUUAUGGUUAUUUUGGGAUGAUUUUGAAGUAGAGAAUUAUAAAGAGGUCUCUUGGUCACGAGAAAUGCUUUCUAAAUAUUUUACUACUCGUGGAGAAUAUAACGAAUCAUCCCUAUAUUCUUACGAUGGUGCUUUUGAUGACCCCAGAGUUACGCUUGACAUGUUGAAUAUCAAUAACGCUUCUCCCAUUUGUCUUGCUUGGAUAGAACUUUUUGAUGAAAUGGCAAAAGAGCGAAGUGAAAAAUGGGUAAAGAGAAUAGCAAACGAAAUGAAAUUUUGGAUGUUUUCUAGCAUAGAAGAGAAUAAAAUUAGCAAACAUCCAACACUCGAUCAAUAUCUUGAAAUACGUAAAUAUACUAUUGGAAUGAUUCCAUGUCUUUCCUACAUAGAGAAUAUCAUUAAUUUCGAAAUUGAUCCUCAAAUUUUGGAACAUCCUAUUUUAAAGAAAAUUCGUGACAUUACUUGUAUACUAGUGGCCCUCACAAAUGAUGCAUUUAGUUUUUGGAAAGAUAUUCAUAAUAAUAGGGUGAAUUCUAUAAAUGCAGUUGCUAGAAUGAAUAAUGUUGGUUACGAAGAAGCUUUCAAAAUAAUUACUAUCUAUCAUAAUGAAUUGGUUCAAGAGUUUGAUGAAUUAGUUAAUUGUUUACCUGAUUGGGGUCAGGAAACAAAUUACGCUAUUAAGAAAUGGCUGCAGUGUACACGAGAAAUGGUUAGGGGAUUUGCCGAAUUUGCUGCAAAAGCUAAUAGAUAUGCAAAGAAUAAAAUUGUAGUCGAAGGAAAUUUUGUAAAUUUUGUUUUAGAAUUUUCUUUGAUUACAAUCGACAAUACUAAGCCAUGUUGUGUUGGUCAUGGCAGUCAUAUAAACAUUUAUGUGAUUGCGUGUGAGCGUCCGAAAUCUGUGCCAGAUUAUGUCAAAAGAGC